UGCACGUUCUGUUAGCCUCGGUGUGUUUUACCACAUAGGGGACCUUUAAUUCUAAGCGAUGUUCUGUAGGGAAGGUUUUAGGGAGGGCACACUUCCGGUCCCGGUGUUUCCAGCAUGAAGAAGGAGCAAGUGGUGAACUGCCAGUUUUCUGUGUGGUAUCCCAGGUUUAAGCGGCUCAGUAUUAGGAGUGUUAUAAUCCCACUGCCAGAAAAUGUGAAAGACUAUUUACUAGACGAUGGAACCCUUGUUGUUUCUGGAAGGGAGGAUUCUGCUGGGUGUUCCCACCCAGAUUCUAACAGUAACGAUGAGGAAGAAGAGGUACAGUGGUCAGAUGAUGAAAAUACAACAACACUGACGGCUCCAGAAUUUCCAGAGUUUUCCAUAAAAGUGCAAGAAGCCAUUAAUUCUCUGGGAGGCAGUGUUUUUCCUAAACUGAACUGGAGCUCCCCAAGGGAUGCCUAUUGGAUCGCACUCAACAGCUCACUGAAAUGUAAAACCCUGAGUGACAUCUUUCUGAUUUUCAAGAGCUCUGAUUUUGUGACGCAUGACUUCACACAACCGUUUAUUCAUUGCACAGAUGAUUCCCCUGACCCCAAUGUAAAGUAUGAGCUUGUUCUAAGGAAAUGGUGUGAAUUGAUUCCAGGUGGAGAGUUUAGAUGCUUUGUUAAAGAAAACAAACUAAUAGGUAUAUCACAAAGAGAUUAUACACAAUAUUAUGAUCACAUCUGUAAGCAAAAAGAAGACAUCCAAAGAUCAAUACAGAAAUGUUUUCAAAAAGACAUCCAGUACAAUUUCUUUGAUGAGGACUUUGUUUUUGACAUAUACAGAGACAGUGAGGGGAAGGUUUGGAUAAUUGACUUUAACCCAUUUGGAGAAGUAACAGACUCAUUGCUGUUCAGUUGGGAGGAACUGACUAAAGGAGCAAAUCCAGGAGAUGAAGAAAAUGUUGAUCAAGAUCAUCCUAUAUUCCGCUAUACAACAAGUGAAGUCACAGUGCAGCCUAGUCCUUACUUGAGUUAUCGCUUGCCAAAGGAUUUUGUCGAUCUUUCUACGGGAGAGGAUGCUCACAAACUCAUUGAUUUUCUUAAACUGAAAAAGAAUCAGCAAGAAGAGGACUCUGAUGAUUAGGUCAAUCCUAUCUGCCGUCCGUGAGUGACAUCUUCCUUUGGUGUUAUUAUGUAAUCAGGUUCAAGUGAAAGCAAGAAUGCAUUGGAAUGGAGUUCCCACUAGAUCCUGAAUACAAUCGCUAGAUCAAGAAUAACAUGAACUUUUAAUCUUCAAACAAUUUGUUCUUUUUGGGUUUUCCAGCUGCUCUGUAUCUGAUUGAAGUGAGUGGGAACAAGCUGACUGUGUUUGUACUCAGUUCGGUGUAAAAUCACUUCUUCACGUUAUCAAGCUUCAGUCUUGACAGCCUCACACAUUCUACAUACUGAGGUGUUGUAAAUGCUUAUUGGCAGCUGAUUUUCUUCACUUUAACUCACUGUAUAUCAGUAGUUUGUACAUGCCGGAGUUAUUAUUUGAUUAUGUCAUUAUGUAAAUUUUACAGUUUUUCCCUAACUGUGCAUAAUAAAUAUAUAUUUUAUGCUAA